GAGAGGAGCCGCCGCCAUGUCUGCCCAUCUGCAGUGGAUGGUCGUGCGGAACUGCUCCAGCUUCCUAAUCAAGAGAAACAAGCAGACCUACAGCACUGAGCCCAACAACCUGAAGGCUCGCAAUUCGUUCCGCUACAACGGGCUGAUUCACCGCAAGACUGUGGGUGUGGAGCCGGCGGCCGACGGGAAAGGCGUGGUGGUGGUCAUGAAGCGGAGAUCCGGCCAGCGGAAACCCGCCACCUCCUACGUGCGGACCACCAUCAACAAGAAUGCCCGGGCCACCCUCAGCAGCAUCCGGCACAUGAUCCGCAAGAACAAGUACCGCCCAGAUCUGCGCAUGGCUGCCAUUCGCAGAGCCAGCGCCAUCCUGCGCAGCCAGAAGCCUGUGAUGGUGAAGAGGAAGCGGGCCCGCCCCACCAAGAGCUCCUGA